AUGCAAAAAUUUAUACAAGAGUUGAGUUUGGAAUUUGACUUGGAAUCAAUCAAAGUUACUAACAGAAAUAAAGAGCAGGGUAUACUUGAUAACACUGAAAAUGAAGCUAUUGAACUGGCCC